AUGGAUACAUGGGAAGAUGAUCCAGCUGACCAGCGAACUUGCCUCAUCUGUGGAGAUCGUGCCACAGGCCUGCACUAUGGCAUCAUCUCCUGCGAGGGCUGCAAGGGCUUCUUCAAGCGCAGCAUCUGCAACAAGCGCGUGUACCGCUGCAGCCGUGACAAGAACUGCGAGAUGUCACGCAAGCAGCGCAACCGCUGCCAGUACUGUCGCCUGCUGAAAUGUCUGCAGAUGGGGAUGAACCGCAAAGCGAUCAGGGAGGACGGUAUGCCAGGAGGCAGGAACAAAAGCAUCGGGCCUGUUCAGAUCACAGAGGAGGAGAUAGAGCGGAUCAUGUCGGGGCAGGAGUUCAAGGAAGACGCCCCAGAGCACACCUGGGGCAACAACGGCGACAGUGACCACAGCUCUCCCAGCAACGGAGCCUCAGAGGGCAACCAGCCAUCUCCUGCCUCCACUCUGUCAUCCAAUCGCUCUGUGGAAAUGAACGGCUACACGGCGGCCCUCAGGGACCAGUACAUCAACACCUCCAUGUCCACACACUACCAGCUCCUGCCUCACCUCUUCAGCUACGCUGCCCAGUCCGGCCUGCUGGCUCCCCAGCCCCGCAGCCUCUACCCACAGUCCCACCCGCUGGUGGUGCAGCUGGUGGCUGCCGAGGACCUGGCACCCCUGGCCACACCCAUGCUCAUAGAAGAUGGGUACAAAGUGACACAGGUGGAGCUGUUUGCUCUGCUGUGUCGCCUGGCAGACGAGCUUCUAUUCCGUCAGAUCUCCUGGAUCAAGAAGCUGCCGUUCUUCUGCGAGCUCUCCAUAGAGGACUACACCUGCCUGCUCAGUUCCACCUGGCAGGAGCUGAUCCUGCUCUCCUGCCUCACCAUCUACAGUGCCCAGAUCUUCGGAGACCUGGCCGACGUCACCGCCAAGUACACACCGUCUGACGACGAGCUGCAGGGCUUCAGCGAGGACGGGAUGGAAGUCAUGGAGAGGUUGAUAUAUCUGUUCCGCAAGUUCCACCAGUUGAAGAUCAGUAAUGAGGAGUACGCCUGUAUGAAAGCCAUUAACUUCCUCAAUCAAGAUAUCAGAGGCUUGUCCAACACCUCCCAGCUUGAGCAGCUGAACAAGCGCUACUGGUAUGUGUGUCAGGACUACACUGAGUACAAGUACCCCCACCAGCCCAAACGCUUCCCUGAGAUCAUGAUGUGUCUACCGGAGAUCCGCUGCAUCGCAGGGAAGCUGGUGAAUGUCCCUCUGGAGCAGCUCCCCCUCUUGUUCAAAGCAGUCUUGCACUCCUGCAAAUCCAGCCUGGCCAGCUACAGGACCGGCCCGUUGCCCUGCGUGACCACCUCCGCCGGAAACUAG